AUGAAGCAGCUGGUUCUGCUUAUAGCAGUUUUAGUGACAACAACAAUCAGCAAUGGCUUCAUCCUGGGACCUCUUGGCGGCGUGUCGCCGAUCGUGAUCAAGGCACCCGAGCCGCCGAAAAAGGAGCCGCCUCCUCCGCCUGUGGUGGUGCACGUGCACGCAGGUCACGGCGGAGGUCACGGCGGAGGUCACGGCGGAGGUCACGGCGGAGGUCAUGGUGGAGGUCACGGUGGAGGUCACGGAGGAGGACAUGGCGGAGGUCAUGGCGGAGGUCACGGCGGACAUGGUGGAGGUCACGGACCUCCGCCACCGCAGAUCAUCAUUCUGAAGGGCGGCGGCGGCCACGGCGGAGGCGGCCACGGCGGCGGCGGCGGCGGUCCUCCCCCACCACCGCCUCUGACCAUCCUGCCCAUCAUCAUGCCGCCCCAUGCGGGAGGUGGUGGAGGAGGUCACGGACCGCCACCAGGAGGACACGGACCCCCACACGGACCCCCGCCAGGUGGACAUGGUGGUCCCCCGCCCGGAGGUCAUGGUCCCCCGCCCGGAGGUCACGGUCCGCCACCCGGAGGUCACGGUCCUCCGCCCGGAGGUCACGGUCCGCCACCCGGAGGUCACGGUCCGCCGCCCGGAGGUCAUGGUCCCCCGCCCGGAGGUCAUGGUCCGCCGCCAGGAGGUCAUGGUCCGCCGCCAGGAGGUCAUGGUCCGCCGCCCGGAGGUCACGGUCCCCCGCCCGGAGGUCAUGGUCCGCCGCCCGGAGGUCACGGUCCCCCGCCCGGAGGUCAUGGUCCCCCGCCCGGAGGUCAUGGUCCCCCACCAGGAGGUCAUGGCCCCCCGCCAGGAGGUCAUGGUCCCCCGCCCGGAGGACACGGAGGACCCCCGCACGGAGGACCCCCGCACGGAGGACCGCCCCACGGCGGUGGCGGUCACCCGCCGGGUGGCGGUGGCGGCGGCCACGGCGGUCCACCGGUCCACGUGGUCCCGAUCCACCUCCCGCCGGGCGGCGGCGGCGGCGGCGGGCACGGCGGUCCCCCGGGCGGCGGCCACGGCGGCUACGGCGCGCCGAUGGUGGUGCCGAUCCACCUUCCACCGGGCGGUGGCGGUGGACACGGAGGUGGACACGGUGGACACGGCGCGCCGCCCCCAGUGACGGUGAUCGGCGGCGGCGGCUACGUGGGCUGAGCGCGCCGCGCGCCCAUCAGGGGACUGUUGUGGGGCCUGCAUUCUUCUCUUUCACCGUCGACGGAACGCCCGCGGCGUGUGAACCAUUGUUACUCAUGUUGUCGUGUGCAAAUAAAUGUCAUGACUCGCCGUUGUUAACUCGU